CUUUGAUGCUUUGUAACUAACGGGAGUGUUCGGUUUCACGAGUGUCGCAUUUUCCCAUAGAACAACUUCCUAAUUCAUCCUUGUUCGGGAAGCAAGAGCAGCCAUGGCACAUGCACUCAAAGAAAGAUUUGAGAAGUUCCUCCACGAAAAGAGCCUCGUGACUGAUGCCCUUGCUAAAGUCGAAGCGAAGACUGGGGUUAGCAGGACGUACAUCGCUCUCGCAAUCAUUGGCAUCAUCGCAGUGUACUUGGUCAUUGGUUAUGGAGCCUCCUUGCUGUGCAACCUCAUCGGCUUUCUUUACCCAGCUUACAUAUCCAUCAAGGCCAUAGAAAGCGCCACCAAAGAUGAUGAUACAAAAUGGCUGACUUACUGGGUGGUGUAUGGACUCUUCAGUGUGGCCGAGUUCUUUGCAGACAUCUUUCUCUCGUGGUUCCCAUUUUACUACAUCGGAAAGUGCGCCUUCCUGGUCUGGUGCAUGGCUCCGACCCCUUCCAACGGCUCGGUCCAGAUUUACAAUCGCAUCAUCCGCCCCUUCUUCCUCAAGAACGAAUCCAAGAUUGAUGAUGCGGUCAAGAAUAUCAAGGAUAAGGCAUCGGAAGCCGCUGACAAGUUCAAAGAUGAGGCCAAGAAAGCAACAGCCAACAUCAUGUUUGAGGAGAAGAAGAGCUCCUAAUCAGGACCUCCACACAGGACCGUCUGUGCAGCUGUUCCAGAAAAUAAUGUUGCCUUGUUGUAUUUAAUGGAUUAUCUGUUCUGGUGUGUAACGUCAAAGCCAUUUCCCUGCUCAAUUUACUUGUUUGACAGGUCACUGUACAUCGCCCUGAUCCUGAAUGAACCCAAUAAAUGCCUAACUGGAA